AUGAAACCAAAAAAAGACUUUGGCGUUGGAUUGAAUCUGGGCCCUACCAAACUUGGCCGACAUCCGUCUGGGCCGCCUCGCCAUGGCGAAUUUGGUCAGGCAGAGAGAGCUUUUACGCUCGGAUCAACGUUCAUAUCUGGAGUACUGGCAAUCACUGCCUCUCAAUUUCUUGGAGCCCCUCUUAAAUUUAUUGACUCAGCAUUCUAUGAUGCAUACAUGGCCUAUACCAAAGAGUCGUUUGCAGUACUCAUCACAUCUUUGACACAAUGGUGGGCUCCAACGAAAGUACGCGUCUCGGGCGACGAGAGCAUGAAAGGCCAACUUAUAAAACUUUCAGAUGGUAGCCUGCGAUGCAACUUCUCUGACCGUACCGUAAUUAUGGCCAAUCAUCAGCUAUACACGGACUGGUUAUACCUCUGGUGGAUUGCAUAUACCAACAAGAUGCAUGGCCGGAUUUAUAUCAUCCUCAAGGAGUCCUUGAAAAAGAUCCCGAUACUAGGCUGGGGCUGCCAGUUCUACAACUUCAUUUUCCUGAGUAGAAAAUGGGAAGAGGACCAGCCGCGCUUUCGCGAAUCCUUGUCCCAUCUCAAACAGCCUUCUGACCCGAUGUGGCUCAUCAUCUUCCCUGAAGGUACAAACCUGAGCGCGGGCACACGCGAAAAGAGCACAGCUUGGGCGAAGAAGAACAACCUUCAGGACAUGAAGCACCAGCUACUCCCUCGCAGCACCGGCCUACGUUUCUGCCUAAAGGAAUUACGAGAAUCCACAGACUGGUUGUAUGACUGCACGAUCGCCUACGAAGGCGUCCCUGCCGGCGCAUAUGGCCAGGACGUCUUCACACUACGCAGUUCUUUCUUCGAAGGCCGCCCACCCAAGAGCGUGAAUAUGCACUGGCGCCGCUUCCGCAUCGCCGAUAUACCUCUCGAUGGGCCCAAAGCUUUUGACGCUUGGCUCAGGAACAGAUGGCGCGAGAAGGACUACAUGCUCGCGUACUUUGCCAAGCACACUCGCUUUCCAGCCACGAGCUACUGGAAAGACCAACUUGCACAAGGAGCGGACUCGAAGAGUGAGAGUAGCAUUCGGAGCGUUGCACGCCCAGCCGUGUCCAUCGAGACAGAGAUCAAGAGCGGCCGUCCAGAGGAAUUCAUACGCAUCUUCGCACCCAUCACCGCGCUGGCCAUGGCACUCUUUCUGGCAUACGGCGCAUCACCGUCCGAUCUUCCGUUCACAAACGGAAUGUCCUACUUCACGCAAGCCCUCGGCCCGCUGAUGGGUCAAGUCUCACUACCCACCAACGCCGCUGAUCUCGAAAAGAUGCUCGAGCACGGCGUACCGGGCAUGUCAACACCCCUGAGUCCGCCGGAGGUACAGAUGAAAGGUAACACGGAAGAGGACAAGAAGAAGAAACUGAAGUAUCUGAAAUUGUUCAAGGAUAGUCUACCAAAGGAGGUCGGGCUCGAGGCGGAGCAGAGGAGGAGAGUUGGGAAAUUUGUCAGGGAGCUGCCGGAUACAAAGGCGGCAAGAGCUGCUGCGAUGAGCGGGGUCAGGACAGGACUUCAGAGGAAUCAGAGUAGGACGGGUACCGCGGCGAAGGACCCUUCUAGGCCUGCAACCUCGCAGAGAGUGCCGGCAUCAUCAACAGCUCUCGGGUCAGUUGCGAGAACCGCGCCGUCGAGAACACCAGGAAAAUCUGCUGCUCCGACACCAGGACGAACUCAUAUUCCUGAGACUUCUGUCCCCGUCCCCUUCCCACCCACAAAACAAACAUCGGCAAACCCAGACUCACCACAAUACGCGAUCAUCAAUGGCAUUCGCGUACAGAUCCAGCCAUCUGCAAAGCCUACUACACCCACAAUACCAGAAAGCUACCUCCAAACUAAAGGCGGAGUCCGGAUCAAGACGUCUGGCGGCCAAGGCAAAGCUAGCAUAGCACAAGGGAGCAACAUGAAGACGGGGUAUAUCGAGACGAAAGGCGGGGUGAAGAUUAAACAAGCAGCAGUAGAGCAAGGGCACAGUGAUGUUGUGAAGCCAAAUACGGUAUCAACGAAGGUCGUACCUAGUGUUGCAGUUAAGGCCCCCUCAAGCGGGAAAUCGAAGGUCACGGUGAAGCCUGAAGGACCGCCGAAGAUUGCUAGGGGCCCGAAGAAGCUUGGGAGUGGGAUGGUGUAG